CGCUUUAGUUUUUGGCUCUGCCUCCUGGGAUUUAUCAUGCCAGAAAAUGUACCUGACUCACAUCGCAAGAUCUGGGGAGGACACUGGCCCUUUCUCCGUUGAUGAUCCGUUUCUUCGAACGGGAGAUAAUCAUCAAAUGGCAGGCAGGAACGAUGUCUCCAGGCAGAUGACCUCAUGGCCCACUGUGUUUGUUUGCUCUUGCCUUUAUUCAUGGGAUCUCGCUGGCUGCCUGACACCCCGCGAUGCUUGUGAGUCCGUUUGCUCGGUAGACAGGAACGACUCAAAGAGGCCUCGCUCAUUGUCCGCCUUUCUAUCUUCCUCUCCGACUCUCUUCUCCACACCCCCGUUGCUGUCUCGAUCUUCUCUCCCUUAACACAAGGCCCGAACGCAUCCGGCAUUGAGAACUCUACCGCAAAGAUGCCCUCGUCCAAGGCUUCCAAAAAGAAGCAGCGCCUCAAGAAGCUGCCGCUGAGAGAAACGCGGGCUUCCGAGAUGACCCAAGAGGACAUCACCCCCCUGGUCUCCGGCCUGGAGCCCAAGUCCUAUGAGCAAGUCAUCGUCGAUGCUGCUCGUGAAUUUGACGAUGUUGCCGAUAUGGUCGUCGAGCAGCACCAAUCACUUGUCAAAAUCCGGGCCCAUGAGCAAACACUUGUUGCCGACUUUGCCCGAAUGACCAAGGCAAUCGAGAGAUCCCUGGGUGCAAAAUAUCACGAGCUUCUUGCCCCCACCACAGCCGAAGAUAGUCCCACACGGGUCCGAAAGUACGCCAAGAAGCUGGCCAACGACAUCGAUGCCGCUCUGAACUACAUGACCGCUGAGAUCACGCCCGACUCGCUCUAUGCCACCAAAUUUGCGGCCUUGAACGGCAUGCGGGCUGUGUUGGAGAGCAUUCUCCGCUGCCCCAAGCCUCUUCUGAGCGCUCUAUCCCGACAGCCAUCGUUCAAGAGUUGGGACAUCAAAUUGAUGGUGGUGUUGAAGCAUCUGAACUGUGAUGACAUAUGCAAGCUCAAGUGUGGCAAAUUCAGAUGCGGCGAGCAGGAGACACCUACUCAGUGGAUGAAAGACAUGAAGCGCCUUCAUUGGAUCGACCAUGCCUUUCAGUUCAAGUAUGAGAGGGUGCAAGCAACCACGAUCCCGCAGGCUGUGAAGCACGAGGUGACCAUCCGACAGAAGAGUCCGCCUGUGCCCUCCCCGGCUGAGGCUUCAUCCUCGCAGAGCCCUUCACUUGAGCCCGACCUGGCUGGGCCUUCCGAGAGCGCCUCCUCGUCCGAGCCGGCCAAGACAGAGCCCCCCAAGGCAAAUUUGACCAAGGGUGAGCUCAAAAACAUGGUCUCUCCCCUUUUCCCCUCUAUUCUCGAGCAGAUCAUGACCUCCACAGCUCUCGCCCAUGCCUCAGUCAUCCCUGCGCUCAGGGCCGUCCGGAAAAUCAAGGCUGCGGCCGAAUCAUCGAUGGCCCAAGACUGGGCUCGAGUUGCCGGGGUUGUACACAGCGGCCUCAACGAUCGCUAUCGUAUCCGCAAGAUCUACCGCCACGGAUUUAGUGUUCACGCCUAUGCCAACGAGUCGGCCGAAGUCACGGACGAGGCACUCACCAAGUUCUAUAUGGAGCUCAAGAACCUUUACAAGCCCCUUCUCGCCACCAAGAUAGCCGCUUUGGAAAGUUGUCGCAAGGUUCUGGAAGAUCUUCUAUGCUGCCCCGAUGAACUGAGAGAUGCCAUUUGCUUCCAUGUCGGUUCCGCUCAAACCAAUACUUGGGCCUUCAACAUGGUGAAGAUUUUGGACUGUUUUGAAGACGAGGAGAUUUACAAGUUGGUCAAGGGCGAAACGGAUGAGCCGAAUGAGUUUUGGACGAAGCGCAGCGUGCCAGCUCUGAUGGAGCUUGUGAAGGACAAAGCGCCAGUCGGCCACCCCGACAGAAAGGAGUUCUUUCGUGGUGGUCUCCGGGAGGUCUGGCUGCGCGUGUAUGCCGCAGUCAUCAAGUAUGGAGCCCCCCCCAAGACGCUCAUGUUUGAGGGCCUAUGUGUCUGCUGUUAUUGCGACGACCUUGAUGAGGAAGAUUACUGCUCUUGUGGGAACGGCGAGGGCUUUGACGAUGAGGAGGAUGAAAGCUUCCAUGAAGCGAUGUUGGCCUUGUUGUCUCCGAAUCCUUUUCUGCUCUAA